AUGGCCCGCGCCGUGCUGCCACUCCAGGCACUCCCACUCGAGAUCUACGGAUGCAUCGUCGACGAGAUACCAGGCUCAGAUAUAUGUUCACUCCGCGAAUGUUCCCUUGCUGCGUCUGUUUUCCGCCGCUUGUGCCAAGAACGUUUAUUCUCGGACCUGUGGAUAAACCUUGGAACCCCAACCUAUGACAUGCGAGAGACGGACUUGUACCUGGACGGGGACAGGUAUAAGUAUCGGCCGAGAGCAAUCAACGAGAUGCUGGAUGAGUCUCCACAUCUGGCUGACUACUUUGCCACUGUCUGUGUUUCCCUCCCGAACCUCUCCAGUUCAUGGGCGGAACACGAGCCCGAUAUGCGUCGCCUUCUGCAACGGCUGACCAGCAUUCACACUAUGACUAUCGAGGGACGCUACCCCGCACCCAAGGCGCUCACUAUUGUGGUUAUUCAAUGGCUGUUGGAUAUAUUCCAAGCACAUAAGGAGCUUGAAUAUUUGAAGUACAGACGCACCGACAUCACAUCGUCUCUAUUGCGACAAUCUCUUGGGGCGGCAACAGAGCUUACGUUCAGAGAAGUCGGUGUCUUCAAAGACGUUGACGGAAAUUCCCUGCCAUCCAUCUCCACACCGACAAAACCACCACUCACAGAGCUCAACAUCAUCAAAAGCCCGGCAAUCUGUGCGCUGCUAGCUCAACCUUCAUUUGGGCCCUACUUGUGGGAGGUUUGUGACCUGUAUCAGAACGAUAUUGAGAGGGACGACAUACUCCCUCCUUGUUUUGCAGUGGCCGCCACGCUUGAGCGACUGCAAUGCUAUUUCGAUGAUCUGGAAACAGUUCCGUCAUUCCCGGCCUCCCUACCUCGUCUACGCGAACUCGUCUUCAGCAUGCCUAGACAUUCCUAUGAUCUACCUGCCGUCUUGGUCAAUUUGCUGGCGCAAGGCGGCGUUCCAUCACUGGUCAAUCUUGAACUGCGUCUAAAGUUGUAUGCAGUAUUCCCAGACAAGCUGGAGCGUCAAUUCCAGGCUCAAGCGACGCUGUACAAGGAGUUUGACGAUGCCAUCGUCAUGCAUCCUACCCUUAAAGCAGUUGAAUGGUUCUUUUCUAGGGAUUGUGACAUCGCAUAUGAACAUAAUGACAAAGGUAAGGACGACUCGGAUGUUGAAAAUGAGGACCAAGACGAGGAUCAAGAUGCCGAAAAUGAGGACCAAGACGAGGAUCAAGACAACGACGACGAAGAUGAUAGGCAUAAGAAUGGGACACCAUGGGAUGCAGGCAUGAUUCUGGAGCGCUUCAAAAAAUGGUUGCCCAAAGCAGGUGCAAAAGGCUUGUUGCUGGUUGACGGAGAAAGACAGUGA